AUGCCAACAGAAGCGCAACCUGCGAAAAACUCCGCUCCCUUCGGCUACUGUGAUUCUUACUUCGUGGAGAACCACGACGAUGAUAACGACGGAAUCUUCGCACGGGCUGCCGCCGAGCGUGAACGGAACCGCAACGUCGCCCGUAUACGACAAAAGGCCCUAGCCGAGGAGCUCUCACGUUCGACUGCUGAGGAGUACCAGGACGAUGUCCUCGAUCAUAUGGAACGUAUUGAAAUGGAGUCCAUGCCGGACAUUCAUUCGAUUGAGAUCCAGACUGAGAUUCAAUGGUACAUGCGACCCUACCUCCUGGAUUUCCUCCUCGAAGCCCACCAUGCAUUCGGCCUUCUCCCUGAGACCCUCCACCUAGCUUGCAAUUUGCUUGAUCGAUACUGCUCGCGUCGAGUCGUCUACAAGCGACACUACCAACUCGUCGGCUGCGCAUCGCUCCUCAUCGCUGCUAAGUAUGGUGACAGGAAGGAGCGUGUUCCCACCAUCCGGGAGCUGAGGUCGAUGUGCUGCUCCCUCUAUGACGACGACAUGUUCACUCAGAUGGAAUGGCACGUUUUGCAGACUUUGAACUGGAUCAUUGGACAUCCGACAAUCACCGGCUUCUUGCAGCUGGCCCUGACGGAAGUAGCAGCUGAUCCGGAGCUUGAGCAUAUGUGCUGGUACCUAUCCGAAUUGAGCCUCUACCACAAGGAGUUCAUCUCUCUCCGACCAUCAGUGAUGGCGCGAUCGUGUCUAGCUCUUGCCCGGUGCAUUCUUUCUCGUCAGCAGCCUUGCUACGGCAGCUGGUCGGCACGCUAUGACGCUCAGGUGGUGAUCGGCCUUUCAAACCAUCUAUCCCACCCUUCACAAGCACUCGUCAGGAAAUUUGGCACCCCACACUUGUCAUCGGUCUCGACCACCAUCGAUUUGUUCCUUAAGCACCAAGCCAUGCUUGCUCAAAGGGCUGCGCAGGCUUCGAUGAACGAAAUGAACCACAUGGAGAUUGAUCAUUCGUCUAUGAAUGGUUACCUCACCCCUCAGACACCCCAGAAGCCAGGCUACGGCCCAGGACCCGUCGGCAUGCUAACACCUCCGAUCACACCAGACAAGGACUAUGCCAACAUGGCUAUGUACAACGCACACCAGGUCCCUGUGUCACGUCUGAGUGUCGCCACGCCCACACCACCGAACGUCGAUCACAUGCAACACACAUUCGAUGCUAUUCCCAACUACAUCCGUCAACCGCACUAUGUGCAAUGA